AGCCUAUUUGUUAGUCAAGUCCAAGAAGCUAUCCCAGGCAUAUCCACAAGUGAGGUAGAUAAAAGGAAAGAUCGACACUUUAUUAAAUGGUUGAAGAGUCAGGUUGAAUAUGAGGAUCCAGAUUAUCCCAUAUGGUUUCACGAAUUAGUUCAGGGUCCACUUGCAAAGGUCACCACAUCACCAAUGUAUUUCUCACGAGGCUUUACUUUUCAUACGUACGAGUAUGGUAAACACCGGGCGACCAGCAAUUAUGGAAUUUGUGUGAAAGGCGAAACCGAUUUCUACGGGAUCUUGCAGGAGAUUAUUGAAGUGGAAUUCCCUGGGUUAUUGAAGCUGAAAUGCGUCAUAUUCAAAUGUGACUGGUUCGACCCCGUGGUCAACAGAGGUGUUCGAUUUAACAAAUUCGGUGUAGUUGCUGUCAAUGGUGGAAGGAGGUACAACAAAUUCGAGCCUUUCAUAUUAGCUUCGCAAGCAGACCAAGUUAGCUUCCUACCAUACCCGAGGUUGCGAGAAUCUGGAAUAAGUUGGUUAGCUGUUAUCAAAGUUACACCCCGUGGACGAAUAAUCGGUGGAGAAGAACCACCUUUGCAAGAAGAACACAUCAAUGAAGUCGAAGAACCUGAACAACAAAUGGAAGACAUCCUACUCAUUGAUCCGCAUAAUCAUGAGUAUGAAGAUCUUCCCGACGAUACCACUGACGAUGCUGUUGAGGACGAGUUUAAUGAAAGUGAUGAUGUUUCUAGUGUUGAAGAGAAUGAUGAUGUAUCUGAAUGAUGAUGUAAUUUUUAAAAAAUAUUAUUUAUUUUCAGACUUGAUUAAUGCA